GCAGGCAGACAAGGCAGAGCGCUUGGCUCCCAGCUCCUCCCGUCUCCUCCUGCCGCGAACGCCAACCCGCAGCAAAGAUGUGCAAAGGUCUGGCGGGGCUGCCCGCUUCCUGCCUGCGGAGCGCCAAGGACAUGAAGCACCGGCUGGGGGUGCUGCUGCACAAGUCGGAUUCCGGUGAGCACGGCUCCGCCCACAGCAGGAGAGACAAGCUGGUGGUCUGUCCCAGGGUGAGCCAAGAGGAAGUCAAAAAGUGGGCUGAAUCACUGGAAAGCCUGAUCAGCCAUGAAUGCGGGCUGGUGGCGUUCAGGGCGUUCCUCCGGUCGGAGCACAGCGAGGAGAACGUAGAGUUCUGGCUCCGCUGUGAGGAGUACAAGCGAACCAGGUCGCCCUCAAAGCUGCGCCCCAAGGCCAUGAAGAUCUACGAGGAGUUCAUCUCGGUCCAGGCGACCCAGGAGGUCAACCUGGACUCCGGCACCAGGGAGCAGACCCGCCAGAACCUGCUGGCGCCCACCGCCACCUGCUUUGACGAGGCCCAGAGGAAGAUCUUCCACCUGAUGGAGAAGGACUCCUACCGCCGCUUCCUCAAGUCUCGCUUCUACCUCGCGCUGGCCGACCCGUCUGGCGGUGCGUCUGAGAAGCAGCAAGGAGCCAAGCGCCCGGCGGACGGCCCCUCUCUGGCCCCCGGGUGCGCCUAACCUCGCGGGUGGGGCUGCAAGGCCGGACUGCACCGGGGGCCGCGGCACGGGCUGGUCUGUGGGCAGUGGGUGUCCGCACCGCAGCCGGGUGCCCGCACCGCAGCCUGGUGCCCGCACUGCCUCCCGUGCCGAUCACUAGAUGUAGUGUCUGUUCCGCGCUCCUCCCCGUCGUCUCCCGCAUUUUCUUAGAGGCCCUGCGAGCGAGUGGAGAGGUGGUGGCAGCUCUCUCUGCUCAGCCGUUUGGCCUCAGGGUGGCCGGGGGGUGAGUCCAAUUCAUGUGACAUCCACAGGCUCCAGGGAUUCUGUGAGCCAGGACUUCCUCCAUAGCUAGGUGUUUAGAUGAGUUUGAUCUAUUGUGUGUUCAUGUAUGUGUACAUGUGUGUGCAUGUGUGUGCAUGCACAGACACACACGUUCCUGUAGGAUGGACGGAGAGGGCCAGGCGCUCAUCACUAGUGCGAGGUGCUGUGCGCCUCGGCUCUAAACCAGCCCUGGGAAGCGAUUGGAAAAGGGAGCUCAUCUCUGUGAACCGAAGAGCCCCGGGCGUGGCUCCUGAGCGGCGUCCUGCUCACUGCGCCGAGUGGGGGGCGGGGGGCGGCUGUUCCUUGGCGCCGGGACCGAAUGAGGCGCAGGAUGAAAAGGGUUGUCAUGGUCGGAACUGCUGCAACUUCAAGGCGCAGGAACUACUUGAGAUUUCUGUUAUUUAUGAUGUUUUGUACGAUGCUUUCACUGUCCCGCGUAUCCACCGAGGUGCAGGGCCACCGAGCAGGUCAUGCGUGGCCAGGAAGCCCUGUCCUCAUCCUCCUGAGGCCACGCCUGUGAGCACCCAGGGGCCCCCUCCUGCCCGUCACACGCGUGAGCACCGUGUGCUCUGAAGCCACGGGCUCAACAUGCAGCGCCACGGUGGUGCCCGAGACGCCGUUGUAUUAAAGAUGCAUGUCUCC